AAUAAAUACAUAUUAACAGCUAAAAACUUUAGCAUAUAACAAAUAGCUUUGUUAGUUAAGUGUCCAUACUGUUAUUCUGUUAAUGUAAUUCUGGAUUGCGUUAUAUGGAACUUUUACACUACACGAACCUCGAGUGGCACCAUUAGCUAACAUUUGACUGACUGCCUUCAUGCAAUUACAUCAUACAAUAUCAUACGUUAGCAUGAGUUUGCUGUGCUCGCGCCCCCUCAUGAUCAGACGGCGGCAGGGGAUGGAGGUGGACUGCACGCCGGAGGAGUUGUCGAGGUGUUUGUUUGAGGAGCGCUGUGUGGAGCUGGGGGAGGUGAAGGACAUGCGGCUGGAGGCCGAGGCGGUGGUCAGUGAUGUGCUCUUCGCGGUCACAGACAUGCACGUCUCUCACAGUCUCUCUAGCGGACAGGAUGUGGCCUACAUUAACGUGGAGACCAGAGAGGGAAAGCGAUACUGCUUGGAGCUCACUGAGGCAGGGUUAAGAGUGGUGAGCCACGUCUUCGAUCAGGUGCAUGAGGAGUUGAGCACCCAGUAUCAUGAAACGGUUUACUCGCUGCUGGACUCUCUCAGCCCCGGAUACAGAGAGGCGUUUGGAAAUGCUCUGCUACAGAGACUGGAGCGGCUCCAACAGAACGGACAGUGAGCGCUUCAGUAUCGCUAACAGUUCCUGUGCCGCUCUCAGCUCAAAGCAUCAGUGCUACCCUUUUCAGUUCCUAGCCUGUCAUAUUUGUUGAUUUGACAAACUGACUUGCCUGUGAUGUUUUAAGGUAUUUUACUGUUAUUUGGAGAGGUAUCUUUGCUAUGACCCAGAUGAAUCCUCCAUUUUUAUUCAUAUUUAUGCAAAUGAAAUGACCCUCAGAAAUAUUGACGUGCUGUUUUGAGGACUAUGGGGAAAUGUUUGAAC